AUGCUUCAAGGUUUUCACUACUACCGAGGUCUGCUCCGAGUUGCUGUACAGGUACCGCUAUUGUCACCACCAUCAAAUCUGUACUAGCGCGCCGACCCUUAUUAGGGGCGUAUGGGGUGGAGUGCUUCGCGGAAAAGGCGGAAGCAAAUCCUAAAUUGACAUGGACUAUAAUUGAUUUACAUAAUAAUACCUCGUGGCAAAUCGAUCACAUGACUGGUCCCGGAGCUCAUCGUUUUGGGCGACUCGAUGGGGAGUCUCAUAAACGACCAUCACGACUCGCACGACCCACCGUCUGUCCUGGCGACAACCCAUAACAUUGAAUGUCCCGACAGGAUGCAGACACAACCACACCCCCCACACGAUCUCGGCCCCGUGCAAACACCAAUUUCGCUCCUUUCAAUUGGCGGCGACAACGCACGGAGACUCAGACACCGACUACGGUUUCACCUCCGUCGUUGCCUCUGGAAACGCUCAUCUCGGCAUUAACCCCGCCCUCGGCUCCUAAUACGGAAUAUGCUCGUGCUCUGGCGGCGAUGCUGCCUACGCUGUCUCCUCUCCCUCCUUACACGCUCCUCAACCCUGUUCUGGCUUCCCUGGCCUCUUCUUCCUCUGAGGCGAACCAGGUCGCGGGAUUCGACAUCCUCUCUGCGUACUGGGAAAACCACGAAGCCCCCACGCUAGGAACUGCGGAUAGGAUAUCCUUCUUCUCGUUCUUCCUCGGACCCGGCGUAGCGUGGAGUAUCGAUCUCUGGGAACCCCGCUUCAAGGCCCUGCGGGCCCUAACGAAAUACGGCACGGAAAUCGUCGGGAUUGAGACGGAGUUUCUGAAGGUUCUCAAGAAAUGGAUCAUGGGUGCUUUCGAGGGACUGGGUACGGAGGCUAUUUCUCAUCGCGAAGAGCUGGAGAGGGAGAGGAGUAUAAGUAUCUUGUCGGAAUUUCUUACGUCGAUUGCGGACAGGCCGGAGAUUGUGGCGAGGAUUUCAGAGACGGAGUUGCAGGGCGUGGUGGAAUUCUAUGCUGUGCUCGUGGAUCGUGUUAUUGACACGCCGGGGGAGGCGUCUGUGCUACCGGUUUCGGAUCAGGUGUCGCGUACUAAUACUCCAUCGCGGUCUCCCAAUGCGCAUAGGCGACAUGCUUCGUCGAUCUCGAUAUCUUCUCUGCCGUCACCUACGUUUUCAAUGUCGCCGUCGUUACCACCUACGCCUCACCCUUCAAAGCAGCCUGCAGAUAUCGCGAUUGGUCUGUAUCUGAAGCAUCUCGAUUCACAAAUGAGGUCUCUUUCUCCCUCGUCAUUGACCUCUAUUCUCCCGCUUCUGUUCCGUGCCUUGGCCUUUUGUGCGACACCUCUGCCAAGGUUAACGGUCUACUCGCAGUCACUCAAAAAACACCCUUCGGAGGAAAAGAUUGAAGGGAUGCUCGAUUCCCUACUCGCUGGACCUUACUCGUCGUCGUGUAUGAUGAUCUUGAAGCAGCAUCUGUAUCCUACGCCGGCACUAUCGAACGCAAGUCGCAUGGAAGAGGCUCAAAAUGGUUCCCCGAAUCGCAAGGACGACCCGCGUGAGAUGUCCAAGGCCACCCAGACGUCCUUUGGUGCGCAGCGCGCGUUGCGGAACCAUAUCCGUCGAGCCCUCAUCACCCGACUUGCGCGUGCGUAUAUAUCUCGACAGAGCUCGUUGAGUUAUUCACAUACCGGUGCACCAGGGAAUAUGGAUAUUGAGAAGGACCUUUUGGAGCGGGCGUGGCCGAAAGACGAUGUUGCGCUGAAUGGAUGGGAUGCGUCGAGAGUUGGGAGGGCUAUGGCGGGUAGUGUGGAGUCGUGGAUUGGGUGUGAUUUGCAGGGGCUGGAGGUUGGUAAGGAGAAGGUGCUGGCUGAGGCGGCGGGUACUUUGAAGGAUGUUCUUCAGGAGCUUGAUGAGCGAGACCCUGGGAGCGGGUCGUUUGAAGAGGAGGAGGCUAAUGCUGUAGGCGAAACUUUGUAUAGUCUCGCGGGAUAUAUUAACCCCCUCGUAAACCCGGACGGUACCCCAUUUGUGGUUCCGCUUUCUCAGCCCAACACGGCACCGACACCCUUUCUUCGCAUUCUUAGCUCUCUAUUGGCACGUGAUCAUUCUACACAUCUAAGACCGCUGCUUUCCUCGACACUCCUCCAUAUUUCUGAUCAUCUUACUGAUUUGGAUGCAUCGAGGCUUCCGACUGUGAUGUUGGAGCAACACGAUAUAUCUCCGACGUCUCCUGAUUGGCUUGACAAUUGGAGGACGAUGCUGAAUAACCCGGUGAUGGUUAGUGCUCGACGGCCGAUUACGACUGCGUCUGUGAUGGCUGCACUUGCGAAUGUGUAUGACAGUGUGAGGGAUAUGCGGAGUUAUAGGCGAGCGUUGGCGGAUGUUGUGUACGAGUACCGUCAGAAGCGUGGGAGCGAGAGCGAGACGGAGGAAUGUGAUGCGAUGUGGAAGAUCCUCGGAGAUGAAGUCGUCCUGCGGAUCGUGGAAGAGGAUGAGAGCGUGGGGAGGUUUUUAGAUUUGCUGUUCAGUGUGGCGGUGGAUGAGGAUGAGGACGACGAGGAUGCGGAUACGGUUUCUGUGGACACGCACUCGCCCUCGCCGCAGAUCGGUCCUACGCGGUUGCACAGCGAUGUGCAGUACCGGGAUAGUAAGGAUAUUGGGAUCCUGUCGAUUAUAUCCUCGUUGACUUCGAGUUCGGUGUCGAGGGCGCAGUCUAUUCAUCCGCAGACUAUUGAAGAGGCGCCUGCUGCUGAUACUCGGCCUGUGGCGCAUGAAAAUACGGCUUCAAGGGCUGUUGGGGCGGUCACUGCGCUGAUUAGUAUCUUCAGUCAGCUGUCGUUCACACCGUUUUCACUGAGGCCGAAGAACCUGGAUCAGGCGCUUUCUGUGUAUGAUACUCUUAUUGAUAUACUUGGGAGUGUCAAACAUGCGAGGGUGCGGCUGACGGUGCUGCAGUUCUUUAUGCGAUUGCGUGCGGACCGGGAUCAUAGGGUGUAUUUUAUGAAGACGGGGUAUGAUACGGAGGGACAGGUGUCUACGCUGGCCGGGUCUAUUGCGAGGCUGAGGGAGGGCAGUGAGCAGGGUGCGCGGGUGGGUCCGUAUGUGGCUGAUGCGGUGUCUGAGCUGCGGAAGGCGCGCGCGCGGAUGCCCCAUGAGAGGAGGGGCCGCGGGGCGUCUACGAAUACGGGCAGUCGGAGUCGGAGUCGCGUCCCCCCUCCUGCGCUUGCGCCCCCUGUGAAACCCAGGGACCCGCUGUGGUACGUUCCUGAGGACGUCCCGUUUGGGUUUGCAGAGGUGGAUACGCCGAGUGAGGCCCUCAUCACGUAUGAUCCAUUGGGUCCGGGUCGCGUUCCUGUGUUGCCGAUUUCAAAGUACCUUGCUGCGAUUUGCGAUAUCUUGGAGCACGAGAAGAACUGGGAGAUCCUGUCGUAUGUGCUGUGUCAUCUGCCUGUGCAGCUAGCGAACAAGCACCUGUUUUGUGGACCAAAGUGUCGGGGAGUGGUUUCGAGGAUGUUGAAUAUUUUGUGUAAUGGGAUUAUGGAGGGAGGGUUUGCGAUGCAGGUUGAUCGGUGGCCUGUUGGGUUGAAGGUUCGGGAUGCGCAUGGGCUGGCGUAUCAUGUCCUUGCUGUGCUUAUCAGUUAUCGGCGGUGUUUUGAUCUUCGGCAGAAGCAUACGCUCGUGGAGGUCUUCCUUGGGGGACUUGACGGGCAGCCGAUGACGGUCAAGACGUGUUUGCACUCGUUGUCGAUUACGGCGUUUGAACUGCAGUCUUCGACGACAAAGUACAUGUCGAGUAUCCUCGAGAAGCUCUCCCAGAUCAUGUCCAAUCCGGAUAUGGCUGUUCAUAUUCUGGGGUUCUUGUCGAUUAUCGGGGAUUUCAAGAUGGUGUUUGGGGUAGCGUUGCAGUAUUUGCAGCAUUACAACGAGCAGAGCCAGAGUCCUACGGUGUCGUGGGCGCUUUCGCAGCAUGUGCGGAUACUUUCGUAUUAUCUUGUGUAUGUCUGGUUCUUGGCUGUGAAGCUUCCGGAUCGACCGCAGCAUAUCCCGUAUAUCACUCGACAGCUCUUGUUGGCGAAUGAGGGGAGGAAGGAUGUGAAUAAUGCGACAGAGGUGUGCUUUGACUGGUUGGCGCGGUACACGUAUGCGAGUGCUGAUCCUCGUCCUGCGAAUUCCCUACUGAGCGAGAUGAUCAUGAACCCGACACCGUGCAAGAGUGGUGAGCCGGCGACGACGUGUGAGAAGACGUGGAUUGUGGGCAAUGCGGUCGUUACGGUCAAGACGCUGACUGAGGUUGGGGCUGGAUUGAAGGUGGUGUCGAGGAGGCCAAAUUCGCCGUUGGUGAGGCCUGGGGAUGUUGAGCCUGAUGUGUGGUCGGUGCCGGCUGUGGUGUUGGCAGGAGCGGAAUCCUCCGAGAGGUGGGAGUUGAGGGAUGGCGAGUAUGAGGAUGUUCGUGAGUUGGUGUCGGACGACGAUUCGACGCCUCGACCAGAUCCUGUUACUGGAUACAGGUGGUUAUUGACCCAGGCGUACUUUGCGCUGCAGUUUUCUGGAUACCCAAAAGUUCGGUCGUCGUCGCGACUAGUCUCGGACCAAGCUGGACUUCGGCGGUUUCUAUCUGCCUUUGACAGGAUGCCGGUGAUCGAUACGCACAAGGUCGGGAUUUUGUAUGUUGCGCCGGGACAGGUGAACGAGGUUGAGAUUCUGAAAAACACGCAUGGGUCGCCUGCGUAUACGCGGUUCUUGGAGGGGAUCGGGCGGUUGAUUGAGUUGAGAGGCCAGAUUGAUGUGUACGCGGGCGGGUUGAACGCGGAUGAUGAUGGCGAGUACGCGUAUGCGUGGUGGGACGAUAUUGGCCAGAUCCUGUAUCACACUGCGACGAUGAUGCCGACGCGUCCGACGGAUCCCGCUUGCACCAACAAAAAGGCGCACAUUGGCAACGACUUUGUGCGCAUUGUGUGGAACGACGGAGGUCGACCUUACCGAUUCGAUACUCUGUCGACAGAGUUUCAGUUUGUGAACAUUGUGGUGGAGCCUCAUUCAUUGGGUGCCAUUGCGGCGUUUUCAAACAAUUUACACGAGAAUGAGUAUUUCAAGGUGACGGUGCAGCGAGCGGAGGGGAUGAUGGAGUUUGCACCCGUGGGAGAGUACCGGCUCGUGUCUGCCGAGAAUCUGCCCUUGUUGGUCCGGCAGUUGAGUCUGCUGGCUGACUGGUACGCGUCUGUGUUUUCUCGGACUGGGAUGGAUACAGAGAGAGUGGAGAUGAAGACAAACUGGCAGGAACGGUUGGAAGCUAUUGGCAGAUUCAAGGACAAGGCUGUAUUAGCUGACCAGGAUGACCUUGUAUUUUAAUAACUUGAAACUAAUAAUCUGUAUUACUUAUUUGUGUCUAUUUAUUGCCA